ACUCCAUAACAGAUCAAAGAAAGUCAAACAUGGACAAUAGGAAUCUGGAAUCUGCACUCUCUGCUCAGCCUGCUCUGCUCAGCCUGGCCUCAGUCCAACACCACACCUCCUGCAGCUGUGGGCUGAACCAGGAAGUCACUCCCCUUCUCUCUGUCACACAGUUUCAGAGAAACAAAACUAAACUCUGUCCCUGUCAGUGUGAGCAGUAAAAUGGCUGAAGGUGGAGGUUUACUGGAUCAGGACCAGUUGAGCUGUGCAAUCUGUUUGGAUCUACUGAAAGAUCCAGUGACUACUGCCUGUGGACACAGUUACUGUAUGGGCUGUAUUAAGGGCUGCUGGGAUCAGGAUGAUCAUACUGGUGUCUACAGCUGUCCCCAGUGCAGACAGACCUUCACUCCAAGGCCUGUUUUGAGCAAAAACACCAUGCUGGCUGAAGUGGUGGAGAAACUGAAGAAGACAGGAUUCCAAGCUGCUCCUCCUGCUCACUGUUAUGCUGGACCUGGAGACGUGGCAUGUGAUUUCUGCACUGGGAGAAAGCUGAAAGCUGUGAAGUCCUGCCUGGUGUGUCUGGCCUCUUACUGUGAAACUCACCUCCAACCUCACUAUGAAUCUCCUGUCUUUAAGAAGCACAAACUGGUCAAAGCCACUGGAAACCUACAGGAGAAGAUCUGCUCUCAUCAUGAAAAAAUUCUGGAGGUUUACUGCCGUACUGAUCAGCAGUGUAUCUGUUAUCUGUGUACGAUGGAUGAACACAGAGGCCAUGAUACAGUCUCAGCUGCAGCAGAAUGGACUGAGAAACAGAAGCAGCUGGGGGUGACACAGAGUAAACUCCAGCAGAGAAUCCAGGAGAGAGUGAAGGAGCUGCAGGAUGUGAGACAGGCUGUGCAGUCACUCAAGCGCUCUGCACAGGCAGCAGUGGAGGACAGCGAGAGGAUCUUUACUGAGCUGAUCUGCUCCAUUGAGAGAAGGUGCUCUGAAGUGAAAGAGCUGAUCAGAGAUCAGGAGAAGGCUGAAUUGAGUCGGGCUGAAGGACUCCUGGAGCGACUGGAGAAGGAGAUUGCUGAGCUGAAGAGGACAAAUGCUCAGAUGGAGCAGAUUUCACACACAGAGGAUCACAUCCAAUUCCUUCAGAGCUGUCAGUCUCUCUGUGCCCCUGUUGGACCUGAAGACUUACCCAGCAUCACUGUCAGUCCACACGUCUCUUUUGAGGCUGUGAGGAAAUCUGUCUCUGAACUGAAAGAGCGACUGGAGGACGUCUGGAAGGAGGAAUUAGUCAAAAUCUCUCAAGCAGGAACCCACCCACCACCAGGAGAUCAGGACAAGGCAGCCAGUGACCUCAUGCGUUUCCGAGCGAUGCUCCUUGGACGCGCUGGGAAAGACGCUCGCUGGCCGGAGACCCAGAGCUCGUCAGAGUGGAGGAAUGCGCCCAUCUUUCGCAAGAGAGGAAGGAAGCGAUCGCAGCCGGGUCGCCGAAGGAACACAGCGAGCGGCGAGACGCCAACUCUGCGCCUGCAUCCGCUCUGCUCCACCCGAACCAGCGACCGUCCCGCCUGCAAUCGCUCUGCUGCAUCCGAGCCAGCGCCCGUCCCGCCUGCAACCGCUCUGCUGCACCCGAGCCAGCACCCGUCCCGCCUGCAUCCGCUCUGCUCCACCCGAACCAGCGACCGUCCCGCCUGCAAUCGCUCUGCUGCAUCCGAGCCAGCGCCCGUCCCGCCUGCAACCGCUCUGCUGCACCCGAGCCAGCACCCGUCCCGCCUGCAUCCGCUCUGCUCCACCCGAACCAGCGACCGUCCCGCCUGCAAUCGCUCUGCUGCAUCCGAGCCAGCGCCCGUCCCGCCUGCAACCGCUCUGCUGCACCCGAGCCAGCACCCGUCCCGCCUGCAUCCGCUCUGCUCCACCCGAACCAGCGACCGUCCCGCCUGCAAUCGCUCUGCUGCAUCCGAGCCAGCGCCCGUCCCGCCUGCAACCGCUCUGCUGCACCCGAGCCAGCACCCGUCCCGCCUGCAUCCGCUCUGCUCCACCCGAACCAGCGACCGUCCCGCCUGCAAUCGCUCUGCUGCAUCCGAGCCAGCGCCCGUCCCGCCUGCAUCCGCUCUGCUGCGCCCGAGCCAGCGCCCGUCCCGCCGGGGGGGGGGGGGGGGUUACCUCACGGACUAG